GGGGCAAAAUUUAGGGUUCUUUAGUAGUAGCCUAACAUGAUGAGCGACGAGGACGAAGACAAUUCGGGGAUCUACGCGGAGAGCGAGCUCGAGUGCGGCGAUGACGAUCCCGCUGAGCUGCGCGGAUCGUCGCAUAGGGUGAUCACCGCCGAAUCGCUAGCGCUUGCUCAGCAACAAGAUCUGCAAAGAGUGAUGGACAUGUUUGGUGUGAAAAUCCAGCACGCCAGGGCUCUUCUCAUCCACUACCGAUGGAACGUCGAGGUUUUGUUUAGCUACAUGGCUGAGGCUGGGAGAGAUGCGGUCUUUCGCAGGGUUGGUUUGCCAGCUUUGGCUGAAAACCAGCCCGCCUCACAGCCGCUGCCAAGCACUGUCACUUGCGGCAUUUGUUUCGACGAUGUUCCACAGGCCGAUGCCACUCAAAUGGAUUGCGGCCAUGCCUUUUGCAACGAUUGCUGGCUCGAGAACUUUACCGUCAAGAUCAUGGAGGGCGAGAGCCGGAAGUUGAAGUGCAUGGCUUUCAAGUGUGCAACGAUUUGUGACGAGGAGAAGGUUCGUGCCGUCUUAGCAUUCAGGAACAGCGAGGCUUUGGCCCGGUAUGAGAGGUGCUUGCUCGAGUCCUACAUCGAAGACAAUGCAGCAGUCAAGUGGUGCCCGAGCGUUCCACACUGCGGAAAUGCCAUCAAGGUGGAGGGGGGGCCGUACUGGGAGAUCGAGUGCCUUUGCUCACACCAGUUUUGCUUCAACUGCUUGAAGCUGCCGCACUCGCCGCUGUCAUGCAGCUUGUGGGAGCUGUGGGAGCGCAAGUGUAAAGACGACUCCGAGACGAAUCACUGGAUCACCAGCCACACUAAAUCAUGCCCGAAAUGCAGUAAGCCAGUCGAGAAGAACGAAGGUUGCAACCUCAUGACUUGCCGCUGUGGCCAGCAUUUCUGCUGGAAAUGUGGUACUGCCACCGGUGCUGCUCAUAGCUACGAGCACAUUGUGGGGCAUAGUUGUGGUCGCUACAAAGAGGAAGCCGAGACAAGAGCAGCCGAUGCAAAACGCACGCUGUCGAGAUACCUUCAUUAUUACAAACUGUGGAGAGCGCAUAUGGAUUCUCUCAAGUUCGAAGAGAAGCAAGAACAACUUGUACAGGAGAAGAUUGAAAGGUUGGAACAACGCGACUUGAUUGUCAAGGACUACACAUGGCUCAAGUCUGGGCUCCAGAUGCUUUACAAGGCCCGGCGUGCCGUCUCGUGCUCGUAUCCGUUCGCAUUCUUUAUGUUCGGCAACGAUCUCUUCAAGGACGACAUCUCCCCGGAGCAGAACGCAAUGAACCAGGUGCUGUUCGAAGACCAGCAGCAGCAGUUUGAAGAACAGGUUGAGAGGCUGUCGAUGCUUAUUGAGAUGCCCGAAGAGGUGCUGGAACAAGACAUAAGCGGAGUAAGGUUUAAGGUUCUCAGUGUCACCGCGCUCACCGAUAGACUCUGCUGCCGACUGUAUGAACUGAUUGAAGACCUCCUCGGUUCUGUGAUUUCCGCGACGCACCACAUCGCGCCAUACAGUUCUCAAGUGGAGCGUGUCUCUGCGGAGCCCGCAAUGAACACCAGCAACCCCUCGGACCAAAAGUGCAAGAGGAGCAUUGACGACACAGAUUUGGACGCAAACAAGCGUCCCCACACUCACAAAAGUUCUUCUUCCGAUGUUUAUUGAUAUUGGAGCAACGAAAAAUCUCUGAUUUUCCUGUUUC